AUGGAUGAUACAGUGAUUUCGCCAGGAAAUAAAAUGGGGGAUUCGGCAUCUGAGAGUGACUCCAGCUCACUUGAUGGCGGAGCUAUGUUGCCCCCCAGUACAGUUUCUCGUGAUCAGCUUCAGAAAAGAAUUGAAUCUCUACAGCAACAAAAUAGAGUCCUUAAGGUGGAGUUAGAUACUUAUAAGCUCCGUGUAAAGGCUUUGCAAGAAGAGAAUCGUGCCUUGAGACAAGCAUCCGUUUCAAUUCAAGCAAAGGCCGAGCAGGAGGAAGAAUAUAUUUCUAACACAUUAUUAAAAAAAAUUCAAGCCCUAAAGAAAGAAAAAGAAACUUUGGCUCACCAUUAUGAACGGGAAGAGGAAUGCCUAACAAAUGACCUUUCCAGAAAAUUAAAUCAGUUACGUCAGGAGAAAUGUCGUUUGGAGCAAACCUUAGAACAGGAACAAGAGUGUCUGGUUAAUAAAUUGAUGAGGAAAAUAGAAAAGCUGGAAGCUGAGACACUUGCAAAGCAAAUGAAUUUGGAGAGACUUCGUAGGGAAAAGGUGGAACUGGAAAAUACGUUGGAACAAGAGCAAGAAGCAUUAGUGAACAGACUUUGGAAACGAAUGGACAAGCUAGAAGCAGAAAAACGUUCUCUGCAAAUAAGACUCGACCAACCAGUUUCUGAUCCAGCUAGUCCUAGGGACAUUAGUAAUGGUGAUACAGCAUCCAAUUUAAGCAAUCAUAUUCAGACCCUACGUUCUGAGGUCGUAAAAUUAAGAAACCAACUGGCCGUAUCUCAAAACGAAAAUAAGGAGAAGAUGCAUCGUUUUGCUUUAGAGGAGAAACACAUUAGGGAAGAAAACAUACGUUUGCAAAGGAAGUUGCAACAAGAAGUCGAACGACGUGAAGCGCUUUGUCGACAUCUGUCCGAGAGUGAAUCCUCGCUCGAAAUGGAGGAAGAGAGGCAGUUUAAUGAAGCUUUGAGUGCACGAUCACGAAGCGUAUCGUCACCGGGCGGGUCACGGCCACUCUCACCCUACGCCUCGCCGCUGUUACACAACGCGGCCGGAAUGCCAUCGUCUCGACCUUCGCUGCAUCUCAAUUCUCAGACGCGGCGCACGAGCGACAGGUUCGUGAAGCCGGCGCUGCCGGGCGGCGCGAUGGCGGCGCGCGUGGCGCCGCUGGAGCCGCCCGCGCCACCGCUGGCGCCGCCCGCCGCUGUCCCCACGCCUCUACCGCAGCCGCACGCCACCAUCCUGCAGCCCGCCAGUCCUAUGGACACCUCCUCCAAGGACUAG